AUGGAUGAGCCUUUUCUUUUUGAUGAGUCAUGUUUGAAAGCUUUUAAUGUCCUUAAAGAGAAACUCAUUGCAGUACCCAUUCGUAUUAUGCCUGAUUGGAGUGAGACAUUUGAGAUAAUGUGUGAUGCAAGUGACUUUGCUAUUGGAGCAGUUCUUGGGCAGCGAAGAGACAAGAUUUUUAGAGUUAUUUUUUACUCUAGUUGUAAAGCUCAAGAGAAUUAUACAACUACUGAGAAGGAGAUGUUAGCGGUGGUUUAUUCUUGUGACAAGUUUCGUCCUUAUAUAAUUGGAUCUAAGAGUUGUGAUUGGUGUCAACAUGUGGGAAACAUAUCUAGAAGACAUGAGUUGCCUCUCACUAAUAUUCUAGAAGUGGAGAUCUUUGAUGUGUGGGGUGUUGAUUUCAUGGGACCAUUCCCACCUUUGUUUGGUAAUCUAUACAGUCUCUUGGCGGUGGACUAUAGAGCAAUACUUAGUGAUGAAGGUACCCAUUUCGCUAAUAAGGUUUUUGAUGCUCUUAUGGCAAAGUACGGAGUAAGACAUAAGAUGGCCCUAGCUUAUCAUCCACAAUCUAAUGGUCAAGCGAAGAUAUCUAAUCGGGAAUUAAAGCUUAUCUUGGAGAAAACGGAGCAAUCCAAUAGAAAGGAUUGGUAUAAUAAGCUUGAUGACGCUUUAUGGGCAUAUAUGACAACUUUCAAGACACCUAUCGGCAUGCCUCCUUAUCGAAUUGUGUUUGGGAAGGCUUGUCAUCUACCAUUUGAGCUUGAGCACCGUGCACAAUGGGCCAUUAAAAAGCUGAAUUUUGAUUUGAAAGCUUUGGGAGAGAAAAUACUUCUCCAACUGAAUGAGUUAGAAGAAAUUUGUCAUGAAGCUUAA